UGUUGGUGACUACAAAGCAUAUGUAUGGAUUCGCAAAAAUCCAUAAUGCACGACCCUCGCAAAAUUCAUUCAGGAUUUACAUACAACGACACGUUUAGAAUGCAUGACAUGUAACAUUGUCGUGACCCUGACUCCCAGCAUUUAACUCGUUAUUGUGCCAAUUCUUAUCAGAUUGAUGAUAAGCAUGCAAAACCUCCCGUGACAUUUGUAUUGAAACUCAGUAACGGAACCGAACUUCAGCUGACUGAAUUAUGCAUAGCUUUUUCCACUGGUUAAAAUUAGAAGCGUAUUUUUUAAGUAUUUUCGAAUCAUGAAAUUUUUCUUAGCAAUUGUUUCUCUGCUGCUGCUACUUUUUGGAAAAGGAUCCUCGCAAACGGACCCAAUCGAUGUCGCAAUUGAAGCUUACGUUCGGGAUAAAUUUGACGGUUUUCGAGCCUGGUUUCUUGACCUAGGUCACACCGCAAGAGAGCACGACCUCCCUGAGCCACGUGUGGUCAACGUUUCUGCAGAAUUCGCAGAAAUAUACCAUUUGACCAGUCUUCUUAGUGACGCGAAGUUUUACAUUUAUUUUCCUGACUUAUCGACACUGUCAAUCACCUCAAACUUUAGCGGGGGUGGCAUCAUGAUCAAAUUGGAUCCGCCCAGUGACCCAAGCUUAAUUGGAACCCACUCCACCACUGGGUCCGAAAUGGGCAACCCUUUAAACGGCACGGGACUUUUUGCCCACACCUACGCGGAUUUUAACGUCCACUUGGAUGUCGAAUAUCAACUUAUCGAUGGGUAUCUCCGCUGUAAUUCAACACCGAAUCCGGGGUACUCCUCAGCUGUCAGGAGUCUCACCACGUUAGAAAAUCUCCUCCCAACCAACCACCCACGGUAUGUCGAGAUCAUGGCGAACUAUGGCACGCAGAUAUGGAUCUCAUAUGCCCUAGAUAUCGUACAACUCCCGGGAAUGUUGGCGACGCAACAGUUUCUUUGUGAAAAGUUGGCGGAAACAACAUUUGUCGACAUUAUCAGUCCUCUAACUCCUCCUCCCUUAACAACUACGAUGUCAACGGGGUCGACAACUACGACCAUUCCAACGGCAACAAGUACGUCAUCACUGGCACCCAUCUCGACCACGGAUGGCCCAACAACGACAAAUGUGACGCACUCUUCCACGACGCAGGAGACGACCACUUUCACAGCGAGCACCUCCAUCCAGGGGACGGGGGCGGGUGUAAGAUGGGAGGGCAUUUCUACAUUUUUACUUUCUCUCACCCUCUGUAUAAUAUAUUCGACUUGUAUAAAUAAAUUUGCGUAGUAACAUC